CGUGCACGUGCCGCUUACGCAGUUUGUGGCUGCGCUGUCGUGAGGACGGACGAGGUAUCCUUACAUCCGUCGUCGCUCCGGUCCGCGAGGGCUUCGGUGACGGUUGCGCCCGAUUCCGGCGAGAAACGUCGUCAUUCGGUCAAGGGGGGGGAAGUGAGAACGAGAGAGAGGAGUAGACUUCAGCGGAGCUCGCCGACGCACGUCGCAAGAUGUUUUCCGGCCUGACGAAUCAGGUGUCCAACUGGAUGGGAAAGAAGCCCGAGAACGGCGGCGAGGAGACACCCGCCGAGGUGCCCAAACCGACCUCGCCGGACGUCGAGACCAGCGCGGAUCUCGAGAAAAAGAACAAUACCAGUCCGAAAGGAAAUAAAUAUGAAAUGUUCGCCGGGGUAAAGAAUCAAAUGUCGGGCUGGUUGAGCGGUGGUAUACCCGGGUUAAGCCGCGGCGCCGGAGCUGCCGAGGGUGAGGCCCCGCCACCAACUGAGACGGAAGAAAGUCAGCCUCAGGAAAGCGAGGCUCCCGUCGGCGAGCAAGUAAAAGAUGACGAUGCAAGCAGCGCGACCGGUGGGGCGGACAGCGGUCCCGCGAGUUUAGAGGGCACCCCGACCGAGGACAAGAAUGGACAGCAAGCUUUCGGCGCCGUUUCCACGAAGGCAUUGGCUGGUGCGAAGAGUCUCGGCGGAUUCUUGUACAGCGCCGUGAACAAGGCCGGGAAGACCGUGGUGGAGGCCAGCGUGAAGAUCAAGAAGACCGUCGAAGAGAACAGGCUGAUCGCUGAACUCAACAAGGAACAGGAGGCUUUCAUCGCCAGUAAGCAGGCAGGCGAGAAGGGCGAAGCUGUUGCACCGUGGGUUGGCGCGCCGAACGAGGACGCGCUGCGUGAGGAGUGCCUGUCCCUCUCGACCGAUCGACGUAAUUUCGUGAGAGCACCACCACCAGGCGUAGAAUUCGCUUGGGAUUUCGAGGCCGUUCAGCCAAUGGCACAGGCCACUCUUGCCCUGGAUCCGAAUCUCGAAGCUAUGAGGUUCGAGCUUGUCCCGAAAGUUAUAUCCGAGGAGAACUUCUGGCGCAACUACUUCUAUCGGGUGUCCUUGCUGCGUCAGGGUUACGAGUUGAACGCGAUGGCUAGCCAACAGCAAGAAGAGAGCAAUCCUAAUCAAACGCUCGCCAGCUCCGACAGCAUCGAACAUACUCAAGUUCAAAUGACCACUGGCCAGACAACCACCACCGGCGUCACGACGACGAGCAGUAACAGCGCGCUGGCGGACUCGCCAGGCCACGAGUUCGUGUCAGAUACCAUGAGGGUCUCGGACACAGACCUCGAGGAGGUCCGAGAGGGAAUGAAAAAGUUGGGAAUGCACCCGCCGAAAGAAGAAGAUUGGGAACGUGAAUUGGAGGCCGAGCUAAAGGAUUACGAGGUUGUAACGGGUAGCAGCAAUAACGGUGGCAGCAACGGCCUGGAGAGGAGCGUCGCGACGGCCACGAAAGACAUCACGGGCAACGAUAACGACUGGGAGAAGCAGAUCGACGAACUGCUCGCCAACGAGGACGACGAGGACCUCAAGUGAGCCGGGGAGAUCCUCUUCGUGACCGGAUAAGAGGGUCAAUCCACGCUGAUGAGAUCCCGCGCGGACUGCGAGAUCGGCAUGCUGUGGCUUUCGCACCGGAACUUUCUCUCUGAUACGGAGAAGCUCGCGAAUUUCUUUUUCUUUUUUUGUGCAUUAUUAUAGACUCCCGCUGAUCUUCUGAUCGGGAACGUGCAAGAAGAAGAGAAACGAAGGAUGAAGCGACACUCGAUGACUCGCGUCGUCGAACAACCGGGGUUCAUUUUCUACGGGAGACCGAUUCGACCGAUGGAUCGAAGCUCGCAUUAUGCGCGCGUUAACUUUACGAUACGAUCGUAUUUUCUCAGGCGAUUCUAUAUUUUAUACCUUAUUCGAUCCGAAGACAGCUCGUCCCAUUCGUGAUUUAACAUGUAAAAAAAGGACUCGACAAAUUUCUUUCAGCGAUUUCAAGUAUCACCGAAUUCAUUCUUUAUUCGUUGAAGAAUCGGUGCUAUUCAGGGCAAAUCCUUUCAUCGUGCCGUGUGUUGAAAUUUAAAAAUGCAAUCAUCGAGAUUGAUAAGAUUCUUUUCGCGUACUGGUUUCUUCUUUAUAUAAAGAAGCUGCGAGAAUAGUCGCGUUACGUAAUCCUUUAUUUUGGUCCCGCGACGCUCUGUCUCCGCAUAGAAUACGUGAAACCGCUCUUUCGUCGUAGGAAGAGCGCGGGGGGACCGUCUCAAAAGGGUUGAAAAUUCCUUCUCUUAUUUCGAUCCAUUGCCGAUCUCCUAAGGGAAAGAAUCGCGAAUAAAGUCGACGCGAGAUUCUUUGAGGUUCGGCUCGUCCUCGAGAAGCGUAUCGGGAUAAAACGAAGGAGGCGAGCGUAAAGAUACAAAACCGGAAACCUCACGAAGUAUUCCUGACACAUGUGGAGAAUCACUGCUGUAACGGUCGUGGGCCGUGUAAAGGGCAAAAGCGAGAAAGAAACGAGAUUCCCGUCGUUGCGCUUUCGUUCCUUUUUCCUUAAUUUCUCGAAAAGAAAAGCAUCUUUACGAUCCUCGAGCACGAUGAACACGAUGAUCCACCGUUUUUACAGCGUGCUGGUGGAAGGAAAACUCUCUCGCGUGUUCAUACAAUAUUCAUACUAUACUUUCGUCAAAUAUAUAUUCGUAUGAUUCGUAUGAAUUUCCGUGCUUCUAUCUCCAACAGAAUGACACCCGAUUAUCGUAGCUUCAGAGGGAGAAAGAAAUGGAUGCUGGAGAAUUAACAUAUGAAUUAAUUAACACUACAAGCUUACGUCAAUUAUCGGCGCUCUUGUCCGAGAACAUAAUGAUGAUUAUAAUGAUAAAUGUCUUUAAAGUUGUGUGAUAUUAAACACCAAAAUUAAUUUGAGGCAUGAUGGGGAAAAAAUGAUGAUGGAGGUAAAUGGAAACACGGUUGUUCGUAUGGUGCUUUUUAUCGUGGUCGGAGGAUCGACAGUUUUUCAAGAUAAAUUACACUGCCGUGUGCCGAAGGACACCUUUUCGAGCGCGGAUUGACGAUCGCGGCGAUCAGUGGCAUAUUUUCUGUGAGUCUUGCUACAAAAUUAUAAUACAACAAAAUUACCCCCGAAUAAUUGUAAAGAAAUCGUUUCGCAAAUAUCUACUAAGAAAUCUCCAGCUCACGCAAGUAAGACACUUUGAAGCAUAAAUACGCCACUGGUCGCCGUUCUUUCUUCACAAGCCGACGCUUUAUCGCAACGGCUUUUUUCGGUUGUUGAUUGCCAGUAAUUAUUGAUACAGUCUACGAAAGCGUGUUAAAGGCAAGGAAUCGAUUUGACGUACUUGUGACUUUUAUGCGGAUUAUCUUGUAACUGGAAAAGCGGAAAAGUACUAGAUUUUAGCGAUUUUUUGUUUAAUAUGUAUACUUCUAGCGAAAUCUGUAGAUAAGAGAAUUAUCGUCGACAACGACGAUGACGACGAUGGCGAUGUUGAUGUUGAUGUUGAGAGGAGAAUAUGUAAAUUUUUUAAGUUUGUUCUUGUCAAUCGUGGAAAUGUUCCGUUAUGCGUUGUUUGUAUUGUGUCAAAGUGAAUUAUAUACUGUAAGAAUGGCAUGUUCGCGUUGUCUGUACGGACGAAAUAUCGUAAUAAUAAAUCAUUGCAUUGGCAAAAAAAUCCAAUGGAGCAUAUACUGCGCUGUUUCAUUUGUAACUCGUAAAAUAUCGCCGGCGCGCGGCGGGAGAAUGAGGUUUUCAGUUUUGAAACGCGCACACAUCCCGAAAGUAGUCGCGCGGCGCAACAUUUUGUUGGUGCAGCAUUGUUCUCCGUGCGACAUACCGUCCAAUCGUCCUCUGCCAACGGGAGAAACAGGAAGAAACUUUCGCAGACGGAGAGAGAUUCUUGCGACAAUAAAAUCUCGCGUUACGCGAAAAUACAUGAUAAAGCAUACGGACUAGCACACACACCCUUACACGUAAAUUAUAAGAGAAUACAACGGCUUUAUCGGGACAUCUCCCUGCAGACAAAUUCGGGUCUGAGCUGAGGCUAAGACGGCACCGCGGUAAGAAAAAUCUGUUGCGUUUGCAUGGGCUCACGUAGCGUCGAAUGAUAUAAUGACGGGAUACAUCAAGAUCAUUAUCGUAAUGCCAAUGGCACGAACGUGAUAAAACGCGGAACGCGAACAGGUGAAUAAACAUCGGAUCGAAGCAAUGAAGACAACUGGAUUUAUAGUGGGAAAAAGAAGAUACGUGUGGAUCGCAAAUUACUAUUCUUAUAGUAGUAUAUACUAUUCUGGUUCUAUUAUUCAUGUUUAAUUGCCUAUAAUGAAUCUUAGAAUUCUGUUAAAUCAAGAUAUUGUGUAUUUUUAUGGUAUAUUAAACGCUAAAUGCAGAUCGUUCGACUGACAAUUUUUAUUAUGAAAGCAUUAAAUGUGGAGCGGGUCGUUAAAUAUACAUAUUAAAUAUAUCUUUAGAUGUAUAUGCUGUAGAUAUAAAAGUAUUUACAUUUUACAAUCACGAAAGCACCUGAUAAGAAUAGUGCUCGGCACAGAAGCACAUUAGAGUUUCAUUUUGCAGAUCUCUCAAAGGUUUUCGUCUCCCACUGUAAAUCCUGCUCGGGGAAUAAUAAACCGUCGAGCAAGGAGCAAGUCAGCUUUUGCGUUUCCUAUCGAGACGUUUGUUUUGCAUCGUUGUGCGCCGAGAGUCCGAAUUUCCAGUCAAUUUAUAUCCCACGUCUUUUUUCAUCCCUCUUUUCAAGAGUAGCCACCCCCGAAGUGAAAGGAGCACCGCGGUAGUGUGAAGAGAUCGUUUCUCCAGAAACCGCACAGCGAGCGGCUAUAUGAUAUGAUGUAUUAUUAUAUUAAUACUUCUCACACAACCCGAGAAGAAGUCCGCUCGCGUCCGGCUGUGACCGCGGGCGCGCGAGCCCUUCAAAUAAAUAAAAAAACGCUGCUUCACAUCCGCGUUCAUCUUUUCCCAAAGAGAAGCUCGUUGUAAAGUUUCCAUUCGUGUUUUAGUCGAUAUCUAGGCAAAGUCGAAUUGUAAGAUUUACUUAAGGAGGCGCAAUUCACCCAGGCCUAAAAGUCUGUCGAAGUAAUGUAAAGGCGAUAAUCGCAUUUAUCCGCUCUCUAUCAUUAAUCCCGCGCUCGCGUUCUGGAGAAGAGCCGAAGACCUCCGUUCAUUCCUCCCUUCGAAACCUUUGACUGUAUAAAUACAAAAAUUGCGAGGAAAAAAAUCCCCGUCUCUUUAUCUCUCUCUCCUCCCUCUCCUACUCACACCGAAGCGAGAUGAAAAAAACCACGAAAUUUAUAUGAUAUGACAUUAAAUUUUCCGCGCGAACAGAGACGUCCUAUUCACCGCGAAAGCGACAGGAGAUAAACGCGAUGGCCAGAGAUCGAGGUGUACUUCGGCAGAAUAAUAAAGUGAACUCUGUGAAUUAACUGUGUAAUAAAGCUAUCCUACGGUACUGUGCAUUCACAUUCGUAAAAAAAAAAUGAACAUACACUCGAUACCUAUAUAUACAUAUAUGUAUAUGUAUACAUGUAUACAUAUGAAUAAAUAUAUGUGUGUAUAUAUUUGUCAUACUUGCGAUAAAUAUAUACAUAUAUAUGUGUGUUGUUGAGACUCUAUUGAAAGUAUGAUAAUAUAUUAUGGAUAUAUUAUAAUGAGGAUAUAAUGAUGCAAGCAUUAAGAUAAAAUAAAUUAUUGAAAAAAUUAUUAAUGUAAUUGGGAGAAUGUAACAAUAAAAAAGUCGUAAGAAUAAAAAUAAAAUAUUACCUCUUA